UAAUUACAUACAAAAAGUAAAAAAAAGAAGCAUAAGUUAGAUAAAUCAUAUGCAGUAAGAAAUGAAAUGGUAUGCAGUGGGUAUUAAUGUGCAGCUAUUUAUAACUUUGCGAUGAGUUCGUUAUCUCUGUCAUGAUGGGGGUUUGAUGAGGAGGAAAAAAACAUGGAUGUGAUUUUAGUACCUCCAUAUAGUGUAUAGGGGGUUAUGGUGGUUAAUAUUACACAAUGGAAAUGAUUGAUAUAGCUGCAGCAGUUUCCUUGCCUCAAGUCAGUGUUGAUUCUAGCAGUAGUUCCAGUUGGUCCCCCCUAUAUGGGGGUGGGGCACAUCUAGAUCAAGAGGCUAUCCAGUACAUCCAUAAGUUUUAUUGUAAAGACUGUAGGAUGGAAGCAGAAAAAGCAAAAGCUGCUGCAGCUGAUGGGACAACACCUAAGUUAAACGGAGAAGAAGAAAAACCAACAAGUCCACAGUCAACAUUAGAAGAAAUGUCAUUACAACAAAGCAUGGAUAAAAAUAAAGAAUCAUUGAAACGAAAGCUGAUGAUGAGAAGAUCUGUAACUGAACUUGUAGACCAAGGCAUAUAUCCACCUUUGAAAACCCCUCCAGCAUUUGCAGAACAGAGAAAAUCAUUAGAAAGAGCUAAGACAGGGGACUUGUUACGAUAUAAAAUCUCCCACAGACCAGACAGACAACAAUUGGUACAGCAACACAUUCUAGAAGAUACCACUAUAGACCCAUCUCUACAUGAGCGACAACGUUUAUUGAAGCGUGCUCGACUUGUAGAUGAUCUUAACGUCAAAUUAAAUCACAGACCAGGACCUCUGGAUCUUAUGAAGGGAAAUAUUUUAAAAACUGAAGAUGAAAAGUUUAUGGAAGCUCUUCAAGAUGGAACAUUGCCAUUUCUACCUAAUGAUGAUGACCAUCCAUUUACAUUUGAUGAUGACAGUAACACAAGUGAAGGAGCCUAUUCUCCAUCUCAGGGGGAUGAUUCUGGAAUGUCAGAUAUUGGUAGUCCUCCAAUUAUUCCUCCAGCACCUAGUCCACCCAAUCAAAAUAAAGCACAAAAACUCUUUCAAUCCAAUUUGGCAAAAUUGCCAGUUGUUACGACACAAACAUUUAGUAUAACUAAUACAAAUAACAUUACUAGUGGAGGGAAUUAUUCAAUUGCUCAAGUGAAAAAUGGCAACUCAAAUUAUGUGACCAAAGUGCGGCCAAAAAAAUCCAACCGACCAAAAACUCAGACAAAAUCUAAAGUAAUCAAAUUCCAUGAAUACAAAGGACCUCCUAAUGUUGUGAAAAGUACUAAUCCUGCAUCAACAUCGACCACACAGCAGCAACAACAACAACAACAAAUACAACAACAACAGCAACAAUUACUACAAGAAAAAUCUGAUACACCAUAUCAUAUUUUGCUUCAGCAACAGCAAUUGUUUCUGCAGUGGCAGUUAGAAUUCAAUGGUAAUAAUUUGAAUUUGAACAAACUUGACAAACUACCACCAGGUGUUGUUAUGUCAACAGGAACAACAUCAUCAGUAACAGUUACAUCACCGACACCAAUGAGUGCAAAUCAAGGACAUUUUCAAACAGUGACACAACAAACAAUAACUUCACCAUUAAGUGUAAGUCAGCCUCAGUUGGUAUCACAAGCAAAUAUUAUGACAUCAAUAUCACCAUCACCAUCAAUUCAGACAAAGAUGGUGUCACCAACAGUUGUUCAAUCAUCCCAAUCACCAAUAUGUCAGCCACAAGUUCAACUGAACCCCCCUAGUAAACCAGUUGCUACAAAAGUUGUGCCACAUAAACCUCUGGCCAAUUUGGAAGAUAUGAAAGUGGCUGAUUUGAAAGCUGAACUUAAAAAGCGUAAUUUACCGGUGUCUGGACCUAAACCACAGUUGAUAGAAAGGCUAAAGCCAUAUGCAGAUACUAUUAUCACAAACAGUUUAAAUAUUGCCUCUAAAAAUAUUUCAGCAUUGUCAAAACUACCUGUUCAGGCAAUUGUAAAUGUGAAAAAAUUCCCAGUUAUUAAAUCUGAUGAUGUUUCAAUGAGCAAUAGCUCUCCAACAUCACCUCGUACUCUGGAAUCAUUCAUGCCUUUAUCACCUGAAAUAAUGGAGAUGGUGACCUCUCCUCAAGCAUUAAUUUCACAACAACAAAAUAACAUUAUUCAGAAUUCUGUGCCUAUGACAGUGGAUAAUUCACGGCCUCCGUCCGUGGCACCAAUGGAUGUGGCAAUGGAAGUUGAUCAGACACCUGAUCCAUCCAAUAUCAUUCAGCAGAGUUUUAAUCAAAGUAGUUUAUCUCCAUCAUCAUCAACAAUAACUCUUGUAACAUCACCAACACAACAACAGGUUCAUUUAAUCCAGGCACCACUGGAUCAACAACAAAUCCAGAUCAUACAACCUCAGACAGCUGUGCCCAAAAACGGAGAAGCAUUAUCACCAGAACAACUAAUUAGGGAGGAAAUGCUGCAGCAACAAAGACAUAAAAUAUCUGAACUCCAGAGACAACUUGAGGAUUCUCAACGAAGGUUAAAACUACAACAGAUGCAACAUCAACAUUUGCAGCAACAACAGCAGCAGUUAAAUCAACUCCAACAACAGACAGCUCAAUUAAAUCAACUUCAGCAACAGACCCAGUUGUUGCAACAACCAACAUCGCCCCCUCAAAUAGUAAGUUCACAGAUGUUACAACAACCAAUUUCACCUCCACUGGUAGUAAAUUCAAAUAUGUCACCUCAGCCAGUUACGAGUCCACUGACUGUCAAAACAAGUUUGAUUCAGCCAAGGUCGCCUCCGCAGGCUGUUAACGUUUCUCCUGGUAACCAUCCAACACAAAUAUUAGCAGUAUCUCAACCAGAAGGAACAACCACUAUAUUACAGAUUCCACUGAAUGCUUUACAGAAUGCUACAAGGUUAACGACAGUGGAUGCUUUAAAAGCUGUGAAUACAUCAGUACAGCCUACCAUUACCAAUAAUCAACUACCUAAAGUGUCAAUGACUAACCUCUUUAGUAAUCAGGUGUUGCAUCAGAGUUUGAAUAUGGGUACACCAGGUACCAGUUUGUCUUCAUUGAUCAACAUUCAGCCAAUACAAACAACUGCAGGAAAGACUGUCAAUCUACCACCACUUAAUGGACUUUCACAACAACAUAGAGCCAUUUCUGUGCCAUCAUCACCAGUGGAAGGAAAGGCUAAUAUUACUAGAGCCAAAUCCAAUCCCUUUUUUAUUCCCUCAAAGGAGCCACCGAGAUAUGAUGAAGCUGUUAAAAAUAUGCAUAACCUUGCUCAGGGUGGACUUGCAAUAAAGUCAGAACCUGGUGUUUCCUCUGCCUCUACACAGGCAAUGACCAAGAGUAUUAGUACACCAAUCAUAAAGAGUCAGGCUAUGGAUGAUGUACUAGAAAUAUUGAUCAGACAUGGAGAACUACCUCCAAGUGCUGCACAGGAGCCUCCACCAACACCAAAGACCACAGCUCAAAGUUUGUCUACAUCCACAGUAAAUAGUGCCACAAGUUCCUACGGAGGACUAACUUCAAGUGCUGCUGGACAGUUUCCACAAUUCACAAUGACACUAGCUUCAACAAUGCCAACAACAUCAACGACCAGUGUGACUGAUGUGGUGUCAUCAUUAUUGAAUAGUUCACCAUCGUUUUCAGUAAUAAAAAGUGAACCAAUCACACCACCAUGUUCGGUUGCUAUGACAACUACAUCAGACAUUUGUACUUCUGAUAUAUUAGACAUAAAUGAAAUGCUAAAUCAGGAUCUAAGUUCUAUGGAUUGGACAUCAGAAUCACCUUUUACACAGUUAGACUUAAAUGAGGGAACAUGCCUGCCAUCAGAAUUAGAUAAAAAUAACCAAUCAGAAGACUUUUUACAUGUACCUCAAGGAAUUAAUGGUAUGAAACAAGGAACAGUGCAUGGUUCUGAACCUGACAUAGCUGCCCUUGGAAUCAAUGACUUAGAAAAUUCUCAGAAUAUAAACAUGCAGAUGGAUGUUUCUGAUUGGUUAGAUGUGAUCAUGCCCAGUACAGGGCUAACCCCUUUGAGUGCCAAUGCACCUGUUGCGUUUCCGUCAGACCCUAUACUUACUCCUAAGACACAACAAGAAGUUUUAGACUUGUUUAAUUUUGAAGAUACAGACUUUAGCCAAACAGACAUGCAGAGUGGAAUAAAUUGGGAGAAAUUGACUGAAACAAAUAUUAAUUAGUGAAUUGUGGGGUAUUUAAUCUCGUUUUGUAGGUUGCAAUUUAAAUUUUUUAUUGUUGCUUUUUUUGCAGCUUUGGACCAAUUAAGUGCAAUGGGAAACAUAAUGAUAAGAUUUCCUAAGCUUAUCUUGCAGUGCUAUGUUUUGUUGUUGAUUUGAAUUUUUAUUGUAUUUAUUGUUCAGAUUUUAUAUUUAUUCUAUUACAGCUCUGAGUUCUCCUUUAGGUCAGAAUCCUUGGAUUUAUCAUGGGUUAAUGUUAGGAUACUAAUUAAAAUUUUGACAAGAUAUACAUUUAUAUAAAAAUUGACAAAUUUUGCCUUUUAAAAUAAUGUAUUUUCCUUUUUACAUCAAGUAAUCAGUAAUACAAUUUUGAUAUCAUUUAUCAUAGUUUCAAUAUAAAAGACCUUUUUUUUUUUAUCAUUUUUAUCCAUAGAAUUUGACAUAAAGGAGACACUGAGAAGCUGUAUUCUGUGUGGUCCAAUUUGUAUAUACUAUCUUAUAUUUAUGAGUGGGUGUGUCCCGCUAAAAUGCUGACAAAAGUUUUGUUAUGUGUUUUGGGUCCAUUCUUAUCGGAUUGUUCAUAUUGUUGCAUUUUGAUUUUUACUUUUGUAACAAAACUUUUGUGAUCUAGCUUUUUCCCUUAUCAUUAAUUUAUUCAUUGUUUCAUCAUCAAUGUAUUUUUCUAUGAGCAUUCCAUCACAGUUAUAACAAAAAUACCUUAGGUUGAUCAGAGUUGAUUGUGUAAUGCAGGAAUAAUUUAACUUCAGCAGGCCUUUUUAAAGAUUUUACAGUCAUAUUGAAUGAAAAAGAAAACACAUAUCUGUUAAAUGAAAUUACUUUUUAAAUUCAAAAAAUGUGGUGAAAAGAGUAAUAAUGUUGAUAAGUAUGAUCAUAAAAUUUUUUAAUAGACUAUAAAAUACACAUUCAACUCUGUUUAAACUUAUUUCUUUUUGAGGUUAUGGUAACUUUCUUCCAUCAGCAAGGUGGCCAUACCAGAUUUAUAAAUUAAGUGGGGACCAUUAAUAUAAUAUAAAAAUGUACCAAAGUAAUAAUUAUGUUGGUCAAGUAUUGACCGCAUGUUGAGGGCACAUAAAAUGACCAUUCUAUAAAGUUUCUAAAUUUAGAAUAGGAAAGUAUGUGUGAGGGAAUGUGAAAGUAGGCAGUUUACUUAGUUAUCUGUAAACAUAUCAUACAAGUUCCAUAGAGACAAAUGUACACACUUUACAGUCCAAAAAAUGGGCUUUUAUUACUUUUGAAAAUAGUUCUGACAAAAAAUUGUUACAACAAUACUAAAUUCAGAUCUGUACUGGUUUGAUAAAGAGAACUUUACAUGUUUAUAUUUGGUGAAAUAUUCUCGCUUUUAUCCUUAAAUUUUCUUCAGAAUAACUAAAUUUUCAAAUAAAAUUACAAUAACUAUGAAUCAUAAUUCAUUUAUAAAGUUGCAUGUAUAGGAAAUGACUUUGGAAGCAUAGAUUAACACUACUUUAAUACUGUUUUUUCCAUUUUUUUGAAACCUUUGAAUGAAAGUUGAAUUAAGGUAGAUUUUUUGCCCUAUUUUGACCAGAUUACAGAUAACUAGGUAUAUAGAUUAGAGUAGAUUAGUUAAUGUAUGCGUGGUUGCCUUAGUCAGGAAAACAAUGCUCAGUAUAGCUACUAAACAUUCCCCAAAACUGGUAUCACCACUUUGCCAUCAGUCUUCUAUGUAGAGUUUCAUUCCAUUUCGUUUCCUGUUAGAUUUAAGUAGAUAGAUAGAAUGCAGGUUGGAUUUUUAAAGGUUUCUUGUCAAAAUUGAUAAGGUCAUUUUCUACUUAUAUUUUGUUUUUUGGUUUGAUUUCCAUUAAAUAGAGAUUAGUUAUAUAUAACUAUGGAGUGUAUGUAUUUUAUAUUUUAGUAAUGAUAUAGUGAUUGUUUGAUUUUAGGGGCAUUAUGAGUUUAAGGUCUUUCAAUAAAGCAUUCAGGGUUAUCUUGGAAACUUUUAACCAGAAGGAAAUUAUCUGUAGUAUAUUUCAGUAACUAGAAUCAGUCAAGAUGUUUGAGAAGCACAUACAAUAUAAUAAUUUAGAUGGAAACAUUAGUGCUUUUCUUCAGUGUUGAUCAUUGUGGGAAUAGUCUUCCAGAUGUUGAUGUGCACUUGUUAAAAACUUAGUAAAAAGUCACCUCUAAAAUUUCCUAAGUAUAUUGGACAGGUGCAGCUUUUAGAUUGGUGUGAAGUAUGUAAUUGAAAAGUAGCCAAAAUUGGUAGAAUUUAUUACUUAACUCAUAAUAUCUCAAACAAUUUCCGCAUGAAUUAUAAGUAAGAGAUUGUAAGACCUAUUUUGUACAUAGAGAGAAUUGCAUGAUUUCAUGUUAGGAUUGUACAGUUUGUAUAUUGGUUAUUGUGAACAAAUCAAUACAAUUGCAUAAUAAUUCAAGUUAUUAUUUGAUAAUGAAAUUUAAGUUAUCAUGGCAAGGCCUGUAAGAUAAUUAUGAUGACCAACUAGUAUGGUAGACCAUAAAAUGUAUAAGUUAUACAAGUAGAUAAGCAUAUUCCUUUAAUGUUAGUUAAUGUAGUAGUGACCUGUAAUUAAAAUAAAAUGCCCAAAAUACCAGUGCCAUACUUUGAUCAAAAUCUGAAAAGAGGUUUCAAUACAGUUAUACUUAUAUCAUGUUAAUAAAAACAAACAUCAGAAAACAUUUUUGAGUAGUUUUCCUUCCGAUAUAUACAAAAGAUUCUUAUACAAUACAAUACAAUACAAUAAGCUUAUUCAGAGUCAGUACAUUUUAACAUACAAACAUAAGCUUUUAUCAGUUCUGAAUCGGUAUACUCAAUUCUGCAAACAAUUAAUUCUGAUCUGAGAUUAAUGGACCAGGAGAAAGCUUAAUUCAUUAUCGACCAUAGGAUUAGUCUAUAAGAGAGAACUAACAUUUUACUAACUUUUUUAGUUAAGUCACAGAUUUUGCUCACACCCCUGUGCACAUUGUGCCUUAAUUGUUGUUGUCAGUUAAGUUAUGAUGUUAGUUCAUUGUUUUGUCUCAAGAAUUUAUACAUACAUUACAUUGCUAAUGAACAUUUCUUGUUUUCUCAUACUAUUUAUAAGCAAAACUAUACUAGAAUCCCUUUAACAUGAAACUAUACACCAAUUAACCCCAGUUGACUUAUUGAUUUCAAGAUAUUUUGAUUGGAUGGACUAGUGGGCAAAUGAACAAUGGUCAGUUUGUCUGAUAAAGAUAUAGUAAAUAUUGAAUCACAAGGUGUUUUACUAUAAUUAAUUUUAUGUCAUAACAGAAUCCAAAGCUUUAAGAACAAAAUUGUAAAGGGCUAUGUUAAUGAGUAAAAGAGAUGUGUUGAUUCUUAUUUUCAAAUAACAAAUUGAUGACUCUAUAAUAUUUUUUUUUUAAAUGAUAAAUUUGUUAAUUACAAGAUAUUCCCUAUUACUGUAAAUAUAAUGCAAAGUGACUUACUUGGGUUAAAGAAUUGACUUUAAAAAGUACUUUAGGAUAUGAUAUCAGAAUUUGAAAGAGUUUUCGAAAAAUAAAUCUCCUUUAAUUGCAUAUAUAUUUAUCUUUUUUGUCUUCAUCCAACGUUUUAUAUUUGCCUGCAGAUAUUUGCUAAUUAUUCCAGUGACAUAUGUAAUGAAAUUAUACCCCUUAGAUAUUGAAAGCUUGCUGCUUGUUGGAGUAUUUUGGACACACUUUUUUUAGCUUCCUCUAUUGUUAUGAUUUCAAACAUUCAUUCAAAAUGUUUUGCAAUAAAUUAGCACCAUAAAACUUACUAAAAUUUAAAUAUUUGUCAGUCCCUUUUCUAAAAACACCGAAUAUUUAAAACUGUGGAAUCAAUGUGUUAUUUGGGUUUCGAAUUAUGAUUACCAAAAAAGAUGUAAAAUAAAUUCAGCUGGAUUACCAAGAGACAAACCUUUGAACUGCUGUACAUUUCAGAUUGCUUCAGACCUAGCGUAAUUAGUAAAGCAUGUUAUUGUUAAUAUGAGUGCAUAUGUACUUAAUAUUGUAAAGAAACAUAUUGUAAACAUAGAACUGAUAGAUAGAUAGUUUGUCUUCAAAUGUACUUAUUACUAUAUGGAAAAUUCUUCUAAAUUUUUUGGGCUUCUGUGGUCCAAUGUUCUAGGAGUUUAGUUACGGAAACAGCACUUUAAUUUUUGCAACUGACUGCUAAUGUAAUUUUGUAUUCGUUAUUUUUCUCAAAUCAAAAUACAAGCUGUUGUUUAAGCAUACAUUUUCAUUUUAUUUAUUGUGAAUGUUUUAAAAGUUACAAAAAUAUGAGAUUAUUUAUAAUGAUUUCAGGAAAUGCUGCUAACAAAUUAACAAUGCAAGUUUUUAUUUCUGCGAAACCUACCCUGUUGCAAAAGUUUCUUAAUCUACAGUAUUCAAAAAAAUGUGUGUUAUUCAUUAACUAAAUAAAUUGUAGACCUUACAAAAAAUAUUGAUGUUUCCUAAAUUACAGUUAUAUCUAUCAUAAAAUACUUUUCAUUUAAAAAAAAAAUGUGUAAUUCAUGGGGUAUUUUUCUGAGAUCAGUAAUCAAGUACAUUGGAUGACACAUAUACAUUGUCAGAACUGUUUUGUUGUUCCCUCAUAUAAUGUAUGUAUAUUAAUGAUGUGAUUGGAUAUAUUUUCUUACAAAAUAAUAUAUUAUUUGUUAAGUUAGGUCUAGAUGACAUGGAUAAUGUUAUUACUAAGGUUAGUUAGGCCAGUUGAUAAUUAGGUAGUCUCAAAUUUGUGUGCACUGUCCUCCAUUUUUUUUUUUUUUUUUUUUUUUAAACACUUGUAAUGUUAAUCAAAUUUUUAAAUCUAAUUAACUUUUUUUUAAAACAACUGAAAUUAUGAAAAGUAAUAAAUUUGAUUAAUUAAACUAGAUGUCCUAUUUAAAUUAGAUCAAAUUCUAAACUUUGUUACAAACAUUGGUAUCUGUGGGAGCAGUUCUUAACAGUAUUGUGUGAUCAAUUGAUAAAAUGAUAUCAGAUUGUGUUAUCCUUACCCAUGUUAAAUAAUGAUUUAAUUAAUUUAUAUUGUUAGUUCUGUUGUGUUUGCUAGUGAUCAUGGUUGCAGUAUGUUGUUAACAGAAUGUGUAUAUUUAAUAUGAAGUUGAAAUUGUACUUUUUCAUUAUUGAAAUUUAUUUCAGAUAAGUAAUUUCUUGUCUUUACUAAAGAAUCUGCUUUGUAAUUAAUUUGAAUUUUUGAGAACAAUUUUCCAUUGCUCUAUUUCAUGUCAACAAGUUACUAUGUAAAAUUUUGUACUUCAGAUGGAUUGCCAGAAACUAUUCUAAAUUGAGAUGGCAUAAUAUCGUAAUCAAAAAGAUAGAUAUUACUUUUCUUCAUUUAACAUAGACUUUUCAAAUUUAUUCAUCUUAACAUGAUAGCUAUAUUUAAAGGCAUAUAAAUUCUUUUAUGAUUUUCAUGAAGCUCACCAGAACUUUUACUAGGAAUCAACUUUCUAGUCAAACUUGCAUAUUAAUCACAAUACUAAUAUGUUUUUGAUACAUUUAUCUAUCAAAUUAUAGAGUAAUUUUAAAGGAGUAUACUCAUUGAACAAAAUAAAAAUCAUGUAUACAUAAAACAAAACAAUUUUUAUUUAAAAUUAUGCACCCUAUUAGAAUGUAGAUAUAUAAUUAGUGAUUUUUUUCAGUUUUGCAUUCCACAAAAAAAUAUAUUUAUCCAUAAUGUAACAAAUGGCACACAAAAUUGUUCCUUAUAUAGGCACUGCCUACUCGUCCAAGUUUGAAGGCAGAAAAUCAUAAAAAAACUUACAUUUUAAUAUUCUGAACACAUUUUUAGCAUAAGAAUUUGAGUAAUGAAAUAUUUAGAGUUUAUAUAGUAGAAUGAUUCAUCCUGUUGGCAUGUACCUUAGUCAGUAUUUAAUGAACACUUUACCAUGUGACAGGUUAAAUUUUAGAUUUGGUGAAUUUUUUUGUAUGGCCAUCAAUAAGAUUUAGUGUAUUAUUAGGGUCAAAAACAGUUUAGAUUUUUGUAUUUAUAGAAAUUCUUUAUUGUAAAAAGUUAGUAUUUCUAAGAAUGCUAUAGCAUGCUAAGGACUGAAAUUGCAGAAUUAUAGAAAAUAUAGUUGGCCUUUAUGUUGUCACAUGGUUAAGUGAAUUGUUACAGAAUUUUGUUACAUUUGUUAUUUUGUACAUAUAUCAGUCUUGAAAAGACCCACAUAGGUGUACAUUACCUGGCUCUUUGUAAAUGCAUUUCACCAUGUCAUUACUUAGAUCCAAAUAAAAACAGCUUUGAUGUUGA